CCAACGAACUAUAUAGUGAGAGAAGACAGGCCGACGGGUCAAAAGAGAGGAGAGAGAAAAGAACAGCCGGAGAAUUGGUAAAGGUAUCAGCCACAGGAGUGAUGAUGAUGAAGAAGAAGAAGAAAGGCCGUCCCUCUUUCUUAGAUCUCCAAAAACGCGCCCUAGAACAGGAGAAGAAGCUACAGCGACAACCCCUAAUUUCAUCAAAACCUAAUUUUAACACCCUUAAUCCUCGAUCCACUCGCCGGAACAUCAAUCCUGAAGCCAACUCUUCUGCUUCUGAUGAAAUCGACGCUGUCGGAGAAAAAGAAGAUCACGAUGACGACGACGACGACGAGCGAACGGCGAAGAAGGUCAAGCUCGUCGUUCGUUUGCCCCCUUCUUCUGAUCACCAGCAUUUCAAUCUACCUAAAUCCUCUGCUAAUUCUCUCUCCCUCAUUUCGGCUUCAGCCGAUCAUGAAUCGUGCCCCGAAGGAGAUAAUCACGAGACGUCCACUAAGAAACUUAAGAUCAAUGCCGGCGGUGGCAGAUCUGGAAGCCUCCAUGCGACUGAUCAGGACAAAAAGUUCAAGAAAGCGACUGAUGCUUUACAUGGGAAUGGGCGGGAGGUCUGUCCUAGGACAUCUUUGCCAGACAAAAAGUUGUUAAUUUACAUUCUUGACAGACUUCAAAAGAAGGACACACAUGAGGUCUUCUCGGAGCCUGUUGAUUCAGAUGAGCUGCCAGACUACCAUGAGAUUAUAGAGCACCCUAUGGAUUUUGGGACUGUGAGAAAGAAACUAGGUGAUGGUAACUAUACCAAAUUGGAAGAUUUUGAGGCUGACAUCUUCUUGAUAUGCUCAAAUGCAAUGAAAUAUAAUGCUCCCGAUACAGUCUAUUUUCGACAGGCAAGGUCCAUACAAGAGUUGGCAAAACGCGAUUUUGAAAAUUUAAGAGAAGUUAAUGAAGAAGGUGAACCACAACCAAAAAUUGUCAGAAGAGGUAGGCCUCCAACCAAGAAUUUGAAGAAGGAAUUUACAAGUCCGCCAUCAGCACGAUUUAGGCCUGAAUCUUUAUCUGACGCCACUCCUGCUAGUAUGGGCGAGGAUCAGAAUUCCCCGAUUUCAAACAACUAUAAUUUAAGGAAGGGGCCUAUGUCGUACAAAUUUCGUCACAACGAUGUAUAUACGGGGUCCUCCCAUCUAUUUGGAAGUAACGAUUCCUUUCACGACUGGCCUUCAGAUUGGAAUACUGAAUUUCCAGCUUCUGUUCUGAAGGCCGAGGCGAAACAUGUAAAGAAAACGUUCUCGAUAGAUGAAAACAGACGCUCCACCUAUAAGCUGUCCCAAUCAUCAACUCUAGUCCAUGAUCCAUAUUUGCUCACUUCCCUCAAUGGGCAAAUCAAUCGGUUAAUGGGGGUAGGUGUUACUGUGGAGCACGGAUAUACAAGAAGCCUAGCUCGUUUUGCUGGAAAUCUCGGGCCAUUGGCUUGGAAAAUUGCAUCUAAGAAAAUCGAGAGUGUUUUACCUUCUGGUGUGAAGUUCGGCCCAGGUUGGGUUGGGGAAUGUGAGGAGGAAUCUGUGCAACAGAUCACAGCCGUCUUAUCUGAGCAGAUGUCUCCAAACAAUAACAAUAUUACCUCUAGUGGAAUUGUGGUAAAUCAUAAAAUUACCGACUCAUCUGGAAGUUUCCAGAAGCAUCUACAUUCAACAUCAAUGGAGCGACAAUAUUCACUUCAGGAUGUAAAGCCUGUAUUUCAUGGACCCGGUUCGCCUAGUUCUGGUUUACAAAGUGGUUCUUCUAUGCAGCAGCCGGAUCUAGUCUUACAACUGUGAGUAUUUUUCUCACUUUAUUGAUUAUAUUGUAUUUAGGGGAUGAUAUAGGAGGAAGCUUAUUGACAGAGAGAUUUAACUGUUACAAGAUCUGUUUAUAGAUUAAUUAUACCAAACUUUUUUUUUCAGUUAGAACCCAAACCCUAGUAGGACUAUUGUUGUAGCUGUUGGAACUUGGAAGCUUGUUCUGAUUUAAU